CAUCAACGGCCGUCGAGCCAACUGCAACUUGGCCGCGCUUGGGGCCCGCCGCCCUAGGUCGUCCUCCACCACCAACACCACCGGCGGCGCGGCCAACAACCCCCCUCCUCAACAAGGAGUGAAUGUCGGACCAAGGGCUGCAGCAUCGACACCACCUCCGAACCACAUGCAAUGGUACUAUCCGACAGGGGCACCGGCCGCAGCUGCGGCCGCGACAGUUUCCCCUUUCCACCAUCACCAACACCCCCAAGCCGUUCCUUUCUACGGCUACUCACCGACGUACAUUGCAACAACGGACAUGAAUUACAACCACAAACUAGGUUUCAAUGGUGGGUCCUACAUGAAUGGGCAUUUUUACCCAGGGCAGGCUAUGGUGGGGGCGAACACACUGAUGCCAAUGUACCCACUCUACCAUUUCCACCAAUCACAUACAAUGGGCCUUCCGGCCCAAUUGUACUCAGCUGGCCCAAUACCCACUGGCCCAGCCCUCAUGUCCAAGCCCACAUCCAUUGCCCCUCCUAAUGCAG